AUGCCAAUUUCCAAGCCAGAUUGGUCGCCGCCUCGCCACCACCUAUGGAGCAGCAACAAGAACUGGCGGCGAAGUGGGAAGCGUAGGGCCCUGGUACCAGCGUUGAAUCCCUUUCAUUUCGAUAUCGUCUCCAUUAUGCUAAUCAAUCGCAUGUAUUCUCUGCUCCGGGAUACCAUGGGUUCCCACUUGAUAAGUUCUUGUUCUUGUGAGAGCGCAUUAAAGCCUUCAGAUGAUUGUUAG